AUGUUCGCCGCACGACAGAGGGCAGCCUGCGUGGCCCGACAGCUGCAGCGGACAGCGCGGACCUACGCUUCCGAGGCCCACGGCCACCACAAGCCCGCCGAGGUCAACGAGUCGUUCAGCACCGGAUCUCUCCUCACCGUCGGCGCCUUCUUCGGCACCGUCCUCUUCUACCAGUUCGUCCCCAAGGAGGGCGACAAGUCUGUCUUCCUCAGCCUCAUCGACAAGUACCAGUCGCGCGCCAAGGACUGGGAGGAGAUCAACGCUCUACACACCAAGGCCAUGGAACAGGCUGGCUUCGACCGAAACCUCUUUGAGAACGGUGGAAACAAGCACCGAUUCGUCGAUGUCACAUACCCCGAGGCCAUUCAGUCCUAUUCUCCCCGAAACAACCAGGCUGGCCAUCUUGCCAACAUGGACUACGUUGUCGAGCACUUCCGACAAAAGCACCUCGAGGAGGAGGAGAGGAAAGCGAAGAAGCUGGCCGCCCAGAAGCAGGAAUGA